GACAGAGAGAGAUAGAGUUGUGACAAGAGAUUCAUGGCGGAAGUUUGCGGAGUGAGAAGGAUAAAGCUUGGAAGCGAAGGCCUUGAGGUAUCGGCGCAAGGCCUUGGUUGCAUGGGCCUCUCCGCUUUCUACGGUGCUCCCAAGCCUGAAAAUGACGCCAUCGCUCUCAUCCACCACGCUGUUAACUCCGGCGUCACGUUCCUUGACACCUCCGACUUCUACGGUCCUGAGACCAACGAGCUUCUCCUAAGCAAGGCUCUCAAGGAUGGGGUGAGAGAAAAAGUAGAACUUGCGACCAAAUAUGGAAUCAGGUAUGCAGAGGGGAAAGUAGAGUUUAAGGGAGAUCCUGCUUAUGUAAGAGCUGCGUGUGAGGCUAGUUUAAAGAGGCUAGAUGUUCACUGCAUUGAUCUUUAUUAUCAGCAUCGAAUUGAUACUCGUGUCCCUAUCGAAAUCACUAUUGGAGAGCUGAAGAAGCUAGUUGAAGAAGGUAAAAUAAAGUAUAUCGGUUUGUCUGAAGCUUCAGCUUCAACUAUCAGACGAGCACAUGCUGUUCACCCGAUAACCGCUAUGCAAAUAGAAUGGUCCUUAUGGUCGAGAGAUGUGGAAGAAGAUAUCAUUCCAACCUGCAGGGAACUUGGGAUUGGAAUUGUUGCUUACAGUCCUCUAGGAAGAGGUUUCUUUGCAUCAGGACCGAAGCUUACUCUACCAAGAUUCCAACAGGAAAACUUAGACCACAACAAGAUUCUCUUUGAGAAAGUUUCUGCAAUGUCGGAGAAGAAAGGGUGCACUCCCGCGCAACUAGCCCUUGCAUGGGUUCAUCACCAGGGAGAUGAUGUUUGCCCCAUCCCAGGAACCACUAAGAUUGAAAACCUUAACCAGAACAUUGGAGCUUUAUCAGUGAAACUUACUCCCAAUGAGAUGUCUGAGCUCGAGUCCCUUGCCCAACCAGAGUCUGUGAAAGGAGAAAGAUCCAUUAGCAUCCUGACCACGUUCAAGAACUCUGAGACUCCACCAUUAUCUUCUUGGAAAGCCGCUUAAAAUCGUCCGAGUUUCUCUGGUUGUUGUGGGGUUCAUGACACUGAAGUGGUCUAACUUAUAUCAGCCAGAUCAAGGUAAUAAAUGUGUUAAUGCCUU